AUGGUUCUUUUCACUUUGGAACCUGGAGAGCUUGAGCAACAGUUUGAGGUACUUUGGAAGUCUGUGGAGACGGUAAACUGGCAUAUAGAUGUUAGAUUUGAAAAUGCCAGCUUUGGCUCUUGCAACCAUAUGAUGAGUAGGGAGAAGGGAAGGAGCUAUAGGAAGGUCAGCAAGAGGUAUAGAAGUAAGUGGGAGCUAACUGCAUCCUAUGAGCUUGCAAGGUCAGCACCAGUGGCAAAAAAAUGGCUACCUCUUCAAACCCUCGCUGCAUCUGGAGAGUUCUACCUUGUUGAUGCUUUAUUGAAACAUAAUGUUGACAUCAAUGCUGUGGAUAAGGAUGGCUUGACUGCAAUUUACAAAGCUAUCAUUGGGAAGAAGCAGGCAGUUACCAACUAUCUGUUGAGAGAAUCAGCGAAUACUUUUGUUCGUGAUGAUAAUGGGGCCAUUUUACUGCAUUAUGCUGUUCAAACAGCAUCAAGUCCAGCAAUCAAAAUUCUUUUGUUAUACAAUGUUGAUCUAAAUCUUAAAGACAAUGAUGGAUGGACACCUUUACAUCUUGCUGUUCAAGCCCGUAGGACAGAUAUAGUGAAACUGUUAUUGAUUAAAGGAGCUGAUAAAACAUUGAAAAACCAGGAGGGUUUAACCCCACUUGAUCUAUGCCUGUACUCCGGUAAAGACACAAGAACUUACGAAUUAAUCAAGCUGUUGAAGCAGCUUCCAAACGCCGUUGACUGCUCCGACAUAAAAUCCAUCCCAUUAGUGUUACAAUUGCCAAACUGA